AUGUCAUCUACCUUCUUUCUCUCUUUUUCCUCUUCUGGCUAUCUUUUUUUUUGCCUUUCUCACAUCAUUCCUUCUAUUUCUUCUUCUAAGUUGCUCUUUCUUUUUUCUUUCUUUCUUUCUUCCUUUCUUUCUUUUUAUCUUUCUUCCUUUCUUUGUUCUUUCUUUCUUUCUUUCUUUCUUUCUUUCUUUCUUUCUUUUUUCUUCUUUUUUCUUUCUUUCAUCUUUCCUUUCAUUUGUUCUUUCUUUUUUCUUUCUUUCUUUUUUCUUUCUUUCUUUUCUUGUUCGUUCUUUCUUUCUUUCUUUCUUUUUUCUUUCUUUCUUUCUUUCUUUCUUUCUUUCUCCUCUGCUUCUAUUCUUGUUCUUUUUUUCCUUUUUUUUUUUUUCUUUCUUUUUUUCUUUCUUUCUUUCUUUCUUUCCAUUGUUCUUUCUUUUUCUUUUUCUCUUUAUUCGUAUUCAGUUUUUUCCCUUCACAUUUUUUUCAAGUCUUUUUGCUUUCCUCUCAGUUGUUCUUUCUUUCUUUCUUUCUUUCUUUCUUUCUUCUUUUCCCUCUUGCUUCUAUUCGUAUUCAGUUAUCUUUUGACGCCACAUUUUUCAAAUUGUUCUUUCUUUCUUUUCAAUGCCAUUGUUCUCUUCCUCUUCACGACCUUUAAAUCUUCUUCACCAUUGUUCUCUCUUUCUCUCUCUGUUUCUUUCUUUUUCAAAUCUUAA